AUAUAUAUAUAUAUAUAUAUAUAUAUCUAUAUGUGUGUUUGUUUUAUUUAAUAUUUAGAGUCCAUGUUGAUUGCAGUCAGGUUCUGUCAUUGUUAAGAAUCUGCUCUACUAUUACAGUUGCGCUGAAGUUGCUGCUGCAUUUGCAGUGUUUCUCAUGGUUAGGGUUUGGAGUCUGUGAGAAAGGGGGUCUGGUCUCGGUGGUGUUCUUAUGUCCUUGUUCUCAGCACACCUCUCGAUCAUCGCGACUCCUGUCAUCAAGCGACACUGAGGAGCAAGAAGGAGCCGCAAGUAGUAGGAAGCUAUGGAGAUGGACUUCAUUCUGUGGCUUCUCUGCUUCUUCGCUGUUGUCUCGCUGCUAGGAGUCCUCGUUUACCAAGUACAGUGCCAAUUCAUGUUUAGCUCAUUGUUGGGUUUGGAGGAAGUAGGCUUUUGAAGGAGAUAGGUUGUAAUUGAAAGGAAGAAGCAAUUAAAAGAAAACGGUGCGAGGUUUGAAUACUUGGUUGAGGAGGUAUUUCUAGGGUUUCGGGGCUUCUGUUGAACCCUCACUUAUGAUGCUUACUGGGCUUGAUAGUGAGUUUGGGGUGGCGUUCACAGAGUUGCUUGCAUUGUUGAGUGCUGGUUUUUAUUGUUGAAAGAGCGUGCUUUUCGAACUAUUUGGCGCUCUCCAGUUGAUGUGCUUGUCAGACCUAGAGUUCGAUUACAGCAACCCAUUCGAUUCUUCAGUAAACAUCAAUUCUUGCAUAGUUCCCGAAUUUUUCAUUCAUGGAACCCUGGGCUGCACCUACCUUCUUACUGGUCACUGGUGGCUGUUCAUACUUAAUGUCCCUUUGGCCUACUAUCACACAUCUUUGUACUUACGGAAACAGCAUCUUCUGGAUGUCACGGAGAUCUUCAGUCACCUUGGUCGUGAGAAGAAGUACCGGCUGGUCAAACUUGCGUUUUACCUACUUCUUUUCGUAAUUGUUAUUUUCAAGUCUCAACUGUGGCAUUCAGCAUACCUCAGACUGUUGGUGGCAACAUUCCACCUAGUUCUGGAGCAUGAGGAUGCUGCGCAGACCGCUCGAACGUUCACAGCAAUCCACGCAGACAUGUGAUUUUGAAGCCUAUUGCACUGAUCCUCUGUGAGUAUGUGAAUUUACUCUAAUUGUUCUGUUAUCUGAAGUUUUUGUCAGUUGCAACGGCACAGGAAUUGUACAUGUGAGUAUUGUCUGCGAAUGACUUGGGUUCAUAGGUUACUAGUAUGGCAUGAACAAUGUCGGAUUAAGUCUUAGCGAGGCGGUGGAUAGAGUUGAACAACUAUGCAUGGCAGGAGUAUAGGGUUUUUGUCUUCCUGCAUUUGGUUAUCUAUCAAAUAUCUCUGUGCAUAGUUUCCUAUGCUCAAAAUGCCACGCUGAUUGUGAGUUGCGAACUUUAUGUUAUUGCUGUAUAUUGAAGGAUCUUACGAAAGCGACUUAGAUUUUUUUUGGAUAUAUUUGUGCCGAGGUAUUCGGGGAUGAUAUUAAUUUGCCAAUCGUAAGGUAUGGGCCUCCACGGCAAAUCAAUGGGUUGAACCCACGGUAGGUAAAUUGUUGUCUCCUUUUAGCAUUCCAUGUUUUGAACUAGAGAGAACUCCAAGCAUUACUUCAGUAUUGUUCGACUUACUAAGGUAUAUCUAGUCUUUUCUACGUUCUUUUGUUGUUAACGAUGAACAUCAAUGGAGAGGACAUAUUCAAAACAAUGUUUUGGGCAAUACGUAUACCAUAUUUUAUUCACAAAUCAUAUAUCGCUCAUUUCUUCAA